GUGCGGCCAGACGGGCCGGGUCAGGCGGGGAGAAUUGUUUGCCGAGCUCGAGUGCCCAGCUAGGGACUUUUCCCUCCGAUUAGGAUCCAGCCCCGUCACAUCCGUUGCAAGGCCGCUCUGGUGGGGCUCGGGAAGUUUCUUGGCAAUUGUUUGCCAAAGGCGGCGGCGGAGGAGGACGGUGGCGAGAGGCAUUCCAUUCCAGGACGCUGCUCUGCGACCGAGGCGAAAGUUUCCUCGCUCGCUCUUGAGGCAGUGGGCGCAGAAUGCAAGGAGGAGCCGAUCCCGGGAAGGCGACAUGAAGCCGGGCGCCCUUCUCCUCCGCGGCUGCUCCGGGAAACGGGGUGCAGCAGCCAGUUGGCGGCGGUGCCUUUCCUGCCGGGAGGCCGGAGUUUAGGCGCUGGGCGCCGCCACCGCCGGGAUGGGCCAGGCGCGGGCGGCGUGCUGCCUCCUGCUCCUCGCCGCCGUCGCCUCCGGGCGCUGCGGGGCUCGCUUCGUCUUCCCCCUCCGAGUGUCUCCCGCCGUCGCCCCCAACGGCUCCCUCGUUCCCACGCCCGUGCUGCUGAAGCCGGCGGGCAGGGCUGGGGCCAGCCAAGAGGCCGGCAGCUUAGCCUUAGCCGCGGAGUCGGGCGGCGCCGUCAACUUCGUGGCCAUGGUGGACAACCUGCAGGGAGACUCGGGACGCGGCUACUACCUUGAGAUGCUCCUGGGAACCCCGCCGCAAAAGCUAAAUAUUCUAGUUGACACUGGAAGCAGCAAUUUUGCAGUGGCAGGUGCACCGAACGCAGAUGUGGCUUCAUACUUUGAUACAAAAAAGUCAAGCACAUAUUGGUCACUGGGCACUGAAGUCACUGUUAAAUAUACCCAAGGGAGCUGGACUGGAACUCUGGGCACAGAUGUUAUCACUAUGCCUAAAGGGAUAAAUGGAACUUAUACUAUCAAUAUUGCUACCAUCUUUCAGUCUGACAAUUUCUUUUUAAAAGGAGUUAAAUGGCAUGGGAUCCUUGGACUUGCCUAUAGUGUCCUCGCCAAGCCCUCGAGUUCUGUGGAGACCUUUUUUGAUUCCCUUGUGAGUCAAGCCAAGAUCCCCAACAUCUUUUCCUUACAGAUGUGUGGAGCUGGUUUGCCUGUUUCUGGAUCUGGUACCAGUGGAGGUAGUCUUAUCUUGGGUGGAAUUGAACCAAGCCUGUAUGAGGGAGAAGUCUGGUAUACACCUAUUAAAGAAGAGUGGUAUUAUCAGGUUGAAAUUCUCAAACUGGAGGUUGCAGGCCAGAACCUUAAUUUGGACUGUAGAGAGUACAACAAAGAAAAAGCAAUUGUAGACAGUGGCACCACUCUCCUCCGACUGCCUGAGAAAGUCUUCAGUGCUGUUGUGGAUGCAAUUGUACGCACGUCCUUGAUCCAAGAAUUCUCACCUGGAUUUUGGAUUGGUGCACAGCUUGCUUGUUGGGGUAUAAUGGAAGAACCCUGGGCCAUGUUUCCAAAGAUAUCUAUCUAUCUGAGAGAUGAAAAUUCCAGCUCAUCAUUUAGGAUCACUAUCCUCCCACAGCUUUAUAUCCAGCCUGUUCUAGAGACUGACCAGAAUCUGAAGUGUUACCGGUUUGGUAUUUCUUCAUCUACCAAUGCCCUGGUCCUUGGUGCUACAGUGAUGGAGGGUUUCUAUGUCAUCUUUGAUAGAGCUCAAAAGAAAGUGGGCUUUGCAUUAAGUCCAUGUGCUGAAGUUGGUGGUUUUCCGGUAUCUGAGAUUGAAGGCCCUUUCACAACUGCAGAUGUAGCAAGCAACUGUGUGUCUACCAUAUCUUUCCAUGAACCAAUUCUGUGGAUAGUGUCAUAUGCGCUUAUGAGUUUCUGUGGACUAGUCCUCCUUUUUCUAAUUAUCUUACUGCUGCUUCCACCUCGUUUUCGGCAUCAUUAUACUGAAAAUGAUAUAGUAAAUGAUGAAUCAUCCUUAGUACGACAUCGAUGGAAAUGAGGGAUAUGAUCAAAGUGCAGGGAAUCCUUGUUGUUCUGCUUAGUGGAAUUAAGUGUGGCUAUCUCAACCAAAGCUGGAAGUCCAGGUUCCACACUUUAAAAAUUUCAGUAUCACAUUCCACUACAAGAUGUCCUCUGAUACUGCUGCACCAUAAUGUUAAGCUUUAUUUUCUAACCAGGGUUUUGAACCCAAUGCAUAUAACAAUAGCAAGUCCUGUUCUGUUGUUUCUGGAAAGACAAUCAUUAAGCCAAGCUUUUAUGCUCUUAGUACUUUUUAAAAAAUGUAAAUGUUACACCCUAGUUCCACCAAGAAUUAUGUAUUAUUGACUUUUGCUUUUCUCCUUAGCCCCAUUUAAAGAAAGUCAUUGUUGUUUUAAAGCACAGGAGAUUAGUUCUCUAUAUGGAGGAAAGAUACACGUCAAACUAGAAAGAGAUUUUUCUUCUUCUUUUAGAUGGAGGGCAGUAUCAGUUACUUCCAAAGGAUCCAGACUCUCAGAAGAGGUGAAGUAGGGAAAAAUACUGAAACUGAACCCUAUUGUGCAGCCUUAACAUAAAACAAGACUACCUCUUAAUUUACAAGGAUGCUAUUCACAAAUAUCAUGCAGGCAGGAGAGUUCAUGAAAUAGAAAAGAUACUUUCCACAAAAACAAGGCACAAGUUCACCUCCUUUCAGCAUUUUUUCUAAUUAAUGACAUUUUAAAAACAUUUGACUUUACCACUCAUAUUAGCUUCCUGUUUCUGAAUUCAUGCAUAAGCAAUGUUGGGAUAGGUUCACUGAGGCUUUGUAUGUGCCUUCUGCAAAGCAGAUGAGUUAUAAGGGCAAGUUUCUCUCUUUACACCUUUUUGAUAUCUCUAAUGACUAGACAUUGCACUGAAAACAAUACAGUCUCUUCAACUGAAAGGUGGCCCAUUUGGCCGUGAGUGGAAAAGGUAAACGGGUUUUCAUGAAUGAACAGUAACUAGGUGGUUGGCCACUUGAUUAAUAUGAGCAAAGGGUUUUUUGUUGUUUGUUGUUUGGUUUUUUGCUUUGGAAGCCUGGUAUUAGUGACAGCAAAUAGGAUACUAACAGUGCAGUCCCUAAGCAAAGUAGCAUCCUUCUAAGUCCACUGAAAUCAAUGUAUGUAACUGCUUAGGGUGGCUCUGUAAGGGGUAUUUGCACAACUGUCUUGGCGUGUGCCAACUUGCCCACAAAUGUCAGUGCUGGCUUGCUAAAUGCCAGGCUGUACUGAAUUUAGUACCUGGCAACAGCACACCUACAGCUGUUUUAGCUGACUUUCCCCCGCACAAUUGACACAGGUUUAGACACUUGUUUAAAGACAGCAUAGUUAUUAGUAAAAUAGCUGAAAAUGAGUUUAAAACAAAAAUUGAAUGCCUGGACAGGUUUUUGUAAUGUAUAAAAGAGAUUCCCUAGAGGCAAUAAAGUGGUUCUACCUCUUAAUAUUCACAGGAAUCAAGGAACAAAUUAAUUCCCCCCCUCCUCCACACCCAGCAAUAAUCAUGCCUGAAAGAAUCCAUAUAUUUGAUUAGGCAUUUGUAUUGAACUGUGAAAUGCAAGUACAUGUAUGGAAACAAAUAGUUUAUGUCAUGAGGCUGGCCAUUAAUUUUUCUUUUCGCAGAAAUCAGUUUUCCAAAUGUUGAUCUUUAUGGUUAUUUUUGCUUUUAUAAUCCAAUAUUUUUGCAUAUAAUAUUGUAUGUGAGCAAUAAAAGAUGCAAACU